ACAUGACGACUCCACACAUUGUUAUAGAUGCAGUUUCGGAUAUUUGUAAAUAAGUCAUUUUAAGCCACUGCUCAGAGGAUUCCUGGAGUCUCACGUAAACACUAUGCUGUGUACAAAACACCAGACCUAGUUUGCAAGAAAAUGCAAACCCACGAGAGAGCUGGGGCUUGCAUUGGCCUACAACUUUCUGAAGUGCAGGUUUCUCUUUAGAUGUCUUCCGCCCUCUACAGCUUUUGCAUCCUUGCUCUCUUGAUUUCGAUGAAGUGAAGCACAGGAUGAGGAAAGAUUUUGGCCUCCUGUAGCAGCACAAAGGACUCUGUACUUAAUAAAAAUUAAGAUCCAACAUUCAGAAUGAAGAUCAUCGUGUGCUUGUGGUUUGUGCUGGGUGCACUCUCUGCUGCAGGCAAAGUGAUCUUCACAACAGUCGGGCAGCGUGCCACCUUGGAGUGUGGGGCCGUGUCCUUCAAAAACAGCCUGGAAUGGCGUCAAGGAGAUGACAGGAUUGUUUUUGUUGAUAAAAAGGGCUUCCCUCGCCACGGCAAAGCUGCUGUUCAGACAAGGUCAAAGAGGAGGGGGGACACAGAUCUGGACAUCUUUCCAGUGAGGAAAGAAGAUGCCGGAACGUUCACUUGCACUGCAGAUGGGAAUCCUCAAGUGCACACACUUCUUGUGGGCUCAGUCUCGGUCAGCCCCCCUGCAGAGCUCAAGGUGGGCAGCAAUGCUACGCUACUAUGUGAGAUAGAGGGACUGAACCCGGACUCAGUGAAAACAGUGCAAUGGAUUGGGGUAGAUAAAAAUGUACGGUCAAGAACAGCCCAGCUUGAAAAUGUAGCCCUUACAGAUGCAGGGACCUGGAAGUGUCAGUUUUCUCAUGGUGGGGAGACGUUCAGUACACAACUAGAAAUCAAAGUUACAGAGCCUGCAACCAAAACUACACCAGCCCCUAAACAAAGCUCAAAAGUCAAUGGAAAAAAGAUAAACUCCACCAUCUGUGCUCAACCAAGCUGUGCUGACUCCGGUGUUGCCCACUGGUGGAUGUGGGUUGCAAUUGGAGCUGGUUGCCUGGUUGUGGUUCUCCUGAUGGUCAGUGUCAUUGUUUUGUACAAGAGGAUCAGAAGAAGGAAGAGAAACUUACACUUGAUGAAGAACGGCCGGCAGGCACAGAGACCCAGGCAGUACUGCCAGUGUAACCACCAAACAGCUGCAGCAAAACCACAGCAAGGGCGUCAGAAAGGGAGGCCAUCAGCCCUCCCUCUGCAACCCCUGCUGAAGGAGUGACAUGAAAGACAGAUCGAAGAAAGGAGAGACAGAGAAAAAGAAGAAAAUGAAAAAAGAAGAGAGGAGAGGGAUGAGAGAGAGAAAGGGAGGGAAAGAGAGGAGUAAAUGGAGAUGAAGAAAAAGAGAGCAAGUGAAAGAAAACCCCCAGUGUGAAUAUGGCAUGAAUGUAAAUGGGCUUUUGAAUGCUCUUGAUGAAAAUAAAAUCAAAUAUAAUGAUGUGGGCACUUUGAGCUUUUUCACCAAAUAUAAUCAGUGAACUGAAUGCAAAUGGGUCUUUCCACUGCCAGAGAGAACAGCAACAGUCUGUUAUUUCUUACAUUUAUGCAGCAUAUUAACAUGUUAGGCCAAGUAUAUCCAGCAUAUACAUGCAGCAAUGUCAACUUCUGAUCUACUGCUUUGCAUCUUAAAUAACAUAAAUAUAUUUUUUCCUUUGGUUUCUUUUUAUUUGAUACACGUUUAUGUUCUUUUUCUGUAUUUCUGUGGGUUGUAAAUGAAAAGAUUGGAGUACUGUACUGAAGUUUUAUGUUUUUUCCUUCCAUCAAUAAACCACAAGUAUACCCUGCUGCAAAA